AUAAUGAACACAACAUGUAAUAUAAAAUAGGGUUUGUGUCUAAUGUAAGGCUAUUGUCAAAUGGUGUGGAUAUGUCUUGAAAACAGUCAGUUCCAGUGGUAGUAAGAGACGGGAGGUAAUGCCAGUGCCAUUGAGAGGACCAGCAAAAUGUGUAUGUAUUGGAAAGUCUGGUAAAAUAGGAAAGCAAUGCCAAAACUAAUAGCAAAACGUAAUGCCCUUGGAUUCAAACGCCCAGCACUGGCACUGCCAGCACUGGUAUACCAACACAACUCAUGCGAGUCUAUGCCAUACAAUUAAAUACUGGCGCUCUCUCCUACCAGUGCUAACACUACACUUGCCAUUAGAUUUUGAAAAGCACUGGCAUUACAGCUUAGGAACUCUCUCUCUAUCUCUCAGUUAGGCAGUGGCACAGCCUGUGAAUAGGCAGUCACUGUAUGUAUAGUAUGUAUACCAGUGUUUUGUGAGACAUUUUAUGGCAUUUGUGCCAAACUCUACCACAAAGACUAACUCUUAGAUCAGCUCAUAGUUGUUGUGUUAAAAGAUAUUGAAUCUAUAAGUCUUUGUGGACAAUAUAUCGUGUUAUCGGUCAACACACUGACCAUACAUACCAUUGGAUAUACAUUAUAAAGACGUCUAAACUAAAGUGAUUUUGUCAUUACAAACAACAAUCCAUUGAAAUUACUACACAAUGGUAUUACAGCAACAACAACAACCACACCAUCACUCGCAACACAUGCAACACUCUCCCAAUCACUUCCAGCACAUCCAACAUACAAGCGAUGGCAUCGGAAGGAAGAGUGAGAGUCCGAGUAGAAAAAGAAGGCGGACUUCACUAAACACACUAACAGACAGUCCACCGCCUAAUUGUGGUCCAGCAGGACAUGGAUAUAGUGGUCAUCUUAUAGACCAGAAUUCGGAGCGAACUCUGAGAAGUCGUAGCCGUAAUUCUGGUACACCUAAUCUGAGACGACCAAUAAACGCAAUGACUGCCAACAGUGGUCAACAUAAUCAUCAUUUUUCUCCAAUUGCUGACCGACAUAAUGUACCGCGACUUCGGCGGAGUCCAUCUGCUCGACGCUGCUGUCUAUAUGCGCGCACUUCACCACCUCUUCUACAAACGAUUCAGAAUCAAAAUACUUGUCAAUCAAGUAUUGGUGGUUAUGCUGGUAUUGUUGGAUCAGCAUCUAUGGCAUCCUCCUAUCGAAUGGAUAGUUUAGAAUCUCAUCAGAACAGUCAACAUCACCGCGAAAGCCAUCAUCGAAAUCCUCAUACAAACCAUCAAAAUAGUCUUCAACCGACUCAGGCCUCCAAUACAAAUGCAGUUUAUGCACAACUAAUAAAUGCCAGUCACACGAGUCAUAACAAUAAUCACAACCAAAUUGAUUCUCAAUCUGGAUCUCAUUCAUACCGUUCAUCGCAUAUACAGAACCCUCACAAUACACCUCACAAUUCAAACAUUGCCUCGCAAUCAGUUUGCAUGUGUUGUCUCCAUCAGCUCAGAUUGGCAUCACCUCAGGUCUCACCGACGGGAAAUGCUCAGACUUAUGCAAACUUAUUUGGAUCUCCGAAUGCGAGACAAUAUAAUUUAACCCAAACGCCACCCCUACCAAACUUUCCAUUAGGUUUGACUAACUCUUAUUGUCGAUCACCUCCUGGAGUCCAACUUUCGGAGCCAACCUUAUUGCCUGAUAUCGACUCGAAUCGCAUCCGCGGUUACAGUCACUCGAAUCAUCCAAAUCUACCUCUUAAUUUGGCGACAUUAGCAGCAGCUGCCUCACAACAAUACUAUCAGCAACAACAACAACUCCCACACCACACACAUUCACAUAUUGGUUCGGCAACGGCUCAUAAUUCACAAUACAUUCAGUCCUCAUCACCUCUACAUCACAUCUCCAUUCCGAGUGUAACCAACUUUAUGCACGUAGACGGCGGACAGCCUAAUGAUUACCUAUGCAUACAGAGUCCACGUCUAAUGCAGAGACGGACAAAUAUGCGGCGGUCUCAUCGAUCACAUAUGUUUAAUGCCUCUCCGGUGCCGUCGCCAUAUCAAAACAUAAUGCCGGUUCAACCGAUAACACCACCUCCUGUUACCAAUGUUCCAGCAAUGUUUCAUAUGUUAGCCGCCAUGUUUUCAAGCCAACAGCAUCAGUUGCCUAUGGGAACAUUCGGCGUCGGAGACUUUGUAGGCAAUCCAGAGUCACCUGAAGCCGAAAAUUAUGAAGCAUUGCUCAGUUUAGCGGAACGACUGGGAGAGGCCAAGCCUAGAGGUUUAGCGCGCAAUGAGAUCGAACAGUUGCCAUCGUAUCGAUACAAACCUGAGAACGCCCACGAAUCGGAUCAAACAACUUGUGUGGUCUGUAUGUGUGACUUUGAAGCCAAACAAAACCUUCGCGUUCUUCCCUGUGCUCAUGAAUUUCAUGUCCGAUGUGUCGACAAAUGGCUUAAAACUAACAGGACGUGUCCCAUAUGUCGUGGCGACGCCUCUUUUACAGAACAUGAAUCGGACUGAAUGUUGAUAUGUUUGUGCCAUUUAUUAAUUUGAUUACGUAAUGCAACGCAACAUUCAAUUAUUUAAAACUACAUAAUCAACAACAAGUAAAUGCUCAACAUAUUUGUCGAGCACUUGAUAUUUAUAAUAAUGGAAAGUGAAAAUAAUAAAUACAACUAUUUUUAGCCUAAAAUUUCCAAAUAUAUAUAUAUUUUGCAAAUAAGUUCUGAAUUUUUUUAUAUAUAUAUUUGUGAUUAGAAAUACUAUUAAAUUGUAAUAACUGUCUGUUAUUUCAAUUUUAUGCUUACCAUAGGAUACAGUAAACUCACUUAUUUUCCUCGAAGUUCAAUCCCAGUGACAUUAACACUGGUAUUCAUAACUAUAACUUGAAUACAACUUAAACCUUAUUUACAACACAGACUCAAACUCGUACUCAAAAUUUUAAUUCAACAAAAAUGUUGAUAACAAUUGUUGACUUUUAUCACAUAUUAAACAUUUAAAAUAAUGAAGUUUUAUUUAUUUAAGUAAGUUUGGUUGUGUACUGUAGUGGUAUAAAUUGAAGUUUAUAUGAAUGAGUUUAUUAGAUAGUAAAAUUAUUUUAAA